AUGUCUUCAAUCUGUUCCACCUGUCGGUCAUUUUCAGGUGUUUACAGUCAAUCCACAGGUGUGCAGGUAGUUCGCCAAGAUGCGGCACGGUAUAUAGAAAAGCGUGAUGGCAUUCCGGCUAAUGAGCAUGAUAUAUUUCUGUCAACCGGUGCUAGUGAAGCUGUCAAGUAUAUACUGCAGCUUGUGUCCACUGGACGAAGUGGGAAUGAAAGGGCUGGUAUAAUGGUCCCUAUACCUCAGUAUCCACUUUACUCGGCUACCAACGCGGAGUAUAAUGCUCAUCAA